AGCUUCUGGCAGGAAGCAGGUGGAAGCUCUCUGUCAAGAUAAUACACCAGCAAAAGUUGGAGUUGCACCAAGUUCUUAAUAAGCAGCUGCUGCAGGAAAAAAGACAACAGCAGCAUCUCUUGACGGGGUUCCGGUCGUCUGUUGCAAAGGUGACGGGUCAGAUGAACCCAUUUAUGAUACGAUUCUUGAGGAACACCGAGAGCACACAAAGGAAUUCCUUCCUACGUGGAAUCAACUGGGCUUUUCCUCUGCGGAGACACAGAGCAAUGCGCCAUCAAGUGUCAAGGAACUGCUACUGGCUUAUUGUGAAAGCGGAAGUGAAAGCUUUAGGUUCAAUUUUGUCCAUCGGCUCAGCCAUGAAAAUAACAGCCACUUCCUGUUUCCGAAACUUCCUUCCAAGCCAUUUUGUUCCCAAUAUAACGUUUGGUCAUCCCAUGGUGGAAUGCCUGAGAAAGUCAUUAGGCCCAGACCCUUUCUUUGACAUGCACAUGAUGGUGUCCAGGCCCGAGCAGUGGGUGAAGCCCAUGGCGGCAGCCGGAGCCAACCAGUACACGUUCCACCUGGAGGCCACCAGCAAUCCUGGUAACCUCAUCAAGGAGAUCCAACAGAGUGGUAUGAAGGUGGGCUUGGCCAUAAAGCCUGGUACCACAGUGGAAAUGUUAGCGCCUUGGGCCAACCAGAUUGACAUGGCUCUGGUCAUGACUGUUGAACCUGGCUUUGGAGGACAAAAGUUCAUUGAGGACAUGAUGUCCAAGGUAGCAUUGUUGAGAGAACAGUUCCCCUCACUGGACAUCGAAGUAGACGGCGGCGUGGGCCCGGACACCGUUUACAAAUGUGCAGAGGCUGGUGCUAACAUGAUCGUGUCAGGCAGUGCCGUGAUUGGCAGCGAUGACCCUCGCUCCGUCAUCGCCCUUUUGCGCACCGUGGUGGCCGAAGCCAUACAGAAGCGCACGCUAGACCGCUGAGGUGUUUGUGUUUGUGUUCGUGUGUGUGUGUAUGUGUGUAAGUUACUAUGGCCACACCCGCAUGUAGUGGGAGUGACUGGAUGGAGAAGGCGAGUCUGGUAUGGGGCGGGGCUUCUUUGGAUGCGAGGCUAAUUAAUGACGCUGAACUGUAAACAUUCCUGAAAAUAGUUUUUACCCACCUGGAAAAUGAUAUACUGUUUCAAACUUAAUAUUUUUCUAUAAACUGUAUAUACAUGUGCUUUUGACAAAAAACCAUGGAAAUCGCUUUUGUUAAUUAAACCACCUUCAAUCAUCUUUUAUUGUUUGUUAUUGUGUGGAGUCCUUGCAAUUGGACUUUGGCAUUUACUACUACGUAGUGAUCCUAGGCCCUAUCUAUUAUGUGUGUGUAUUUAUACAGUGUAAACUCAGGUGGGAAAAAGCUACACCUGUGUGUAAUCCACACCCACUUAAUUUAGAGGGUAAAACAGAUUUGUACAUAUAUAAACGUCAUAAAAUGAUUGUUGGUAUUUGUUGAUUGCACAUGGUGUAUUGUGUUGCUGGAUAUGUGAACUGUACAAACAUUGAUGCUCUGCACGAAUGAAGUUCCUAAUGGAUAAAUUAGUAUUGAACUCA